AUGCGAGCAUAUUUCGUCUUGUGCCUCGUGGGAUAUCUGAGAGAAGAACAAUAUAAAUGCCCUGUGUGUGCAGUUGAAUUGACCGAACAAGAAAUCAAUAAAUUCAACUUGUUUUGGGAUAAGGCAAGCUUCCGGAUUGAUCUCGAAAAUAUUUCGCAAACGUACGCCGAUCUUUCUGAGCAAAAUGAAAUGAAUUCCGAAGAUUUUUAUGUGGUCCGCUUAAAUGGUACGAAAAUUACGCUAAAGAUUCGUGACAUCACUACCAUCAAAGAUUUAAAAUACUCGUUGAGAAAUAAAACUUCAAUUGACAUUGCGAAACAAAAGUUAAUUUUUAAGGAUGUGGAACUCAGUAAUCUCCGAGAAGAUGGGACAGAAAGUACACUUAAAGAUUAUGGCAUUCGUGCCAAUAGUCACGUCCAACUUAUCGUCGUACUCUACUCUAUCACAAAAGAUCAGGCCCUAACCAAUUUGGCUUUCGAUCUAAAUUGGGGAUUUCCUAAGACAGGACAGGACUUUCUUGACGGAACUUGCUUGAUAUAUGCAGGGGAUAGAUUGUGGAAAAAAUAUGACUAUUCAUCUUCAUUUUACCCGAGUAUACCAUAUAUUAAACAUUCCGGAGACAUCAUAGAUAACGAACAAGAAAAAGGGCACCACAAAAUAACAGCGAAACUUGAUGAACUUCCCGAAAACGUUGGUCAACUUUAUUUGAUUCUCAGUUCAUGGAGGUCUCCCACAAUAGGCCAUUUUCGUGAUCCAAGCUUUAAACUUUACGAUGAAAAUGAUCCAGACAGGCAAUUAUUGGAUUAUACUAUUCAACGAGCCGCAAAUUCACAGGCAGUCAUAAUGUGUCUUAUUAACCGGUCCAAUGGUGGUGAGUCUCUGGAUCCGAUCAUUGCGACUUUUGAAUGUUUCUCAUAUUUUGCAAUUUCAGGCAUGUGGAAUGUAAUUGAAGUAGGCGAAUUGUCGACUGGAAACGCGAAAAAUUAUGAUCCGAUAGAGAAGGUCAUCAGAAGACUGCUGUGGUUCAAUAGAGUCCU